GGAAAUUACCAUUUGCAAGCUUUGGUUUGAGCUCUCUGUCUUCUAAACCAUAUCAUGAAUACCGCAGCUCGUGCAGCUCGUGCCAUUCAAGGCUUACUUCCCAACAAAUUACCUCCAUCUCUAAGGACCACUCCUGCAAAUUUAUAUCAGGUGCUCUCUCGCUACCCUCAAGACGGCGUUGGACAGCGGGUACACCAAAUUCGUUGGACAGAGAAGGGAAUGCAGCAAUGUUACUGGACGGUAACAAAAACAAGACUAAAACUUGAGGGUAACCAUGGAAAGGCUUGGGGAAAACUAUACUGGAAAGGCAAACGUAUAAGUGAGCACGAGGAGAGAAUAACAGGUUCGUUGAAGUACAAGUGGAAUUCUGGUGCAUCAUAACAGCAGAUAAUCGGAAGAUUCCCUUUCCGGAGCUUUCAAGGUGUACUCUCUGUGAUCCUUGACCACAGACACUUGGAAGUGGUACAGUGUCUUUGUUAGAGAAUAUGCCCGAGGUAGAUGUAGACGAGCAUCAUCCUUAUGCUUCUGAAUAUCUCGAAUAAUUAUUCCGGAUGCAUAAAAUUUUAUUAAGUUUCCAUCUUCUGAUCUAAUGCAGUGUAUUAAUAC